UGAAUGUCACAUUACAGAUUAAAGUGCCACUGAAAGCAAAAGAAUUCAUGACUUCAUCAUCAUAUUACAUAUGUUUGAAAUCAGACACCAACAUCAACACAUAUAGAGCCCUGGGGAAAAGGACACUUAUGUCACACUUAAAGAUGUAAGAACGACAUUGUAUUAAAUACAAACAUCAAACCAAGUCACAGACCAUGCACACUUUACGAUCAAAACUUUUCAAAAAACCCUUGACACUCAUUGGUUAAAAAUAAUUGCAAAAAUGGUAAAGAUAAGAAAGAAAAGAAUCAUUUGUUUGCAGGUGCAAAAUACUUUUUUAGACCAUUAUAACCUGCUAGUGGUCAUAUUAACAGCACAAUCUCUUUUUUCACUAUUUUAUUUCAGUUUGAAAGGCUGUCAAAUGACCUACCUAUGUAAUAUAAUACUGCUCUUAUACAAUCCUUGUGGGAAUUCCAGGCAAAAAAGAAAAAUGUCAUUGAACAGGUUUGGCCCCAUCUGUUUAUGUAGGCAAAGAUAUCUUAUCACAAUGCAGCGAAAUAUAGUAACUACACACCACAACAAAUUAGCUCAUAUAAGGUUUCACUGUGACUUCUUUAAAAAAGAGAAGCUGGAAAUUUAUAGGCCUACUUUUGGAAAUUUAUAUUGUUUGCCAGGAAAAUAGCGGAAUGCGGAAAGUGGCUUUUGUAACAUAUUUUACUGACAAGUUAACUAUUAGCAUGCAAAAACAAAUUCAGAAGUGCUUUAAAAAGGACAUUGUGAAUUCCCUUGCUGGUCUAUGAUUUGGUGCUGGUCUAACGUGGACCAGCAUAGCCAUCAGCAAAACAUGAAGCUGGUCAACCAUGGACAUUUUGGUGAAGCUAGUUGACCAGUCUUGCUAUUUGAGCUUAUUUAAGCUGGUGAGGACACCAGCAUCCCAUGUGAGGACCAGAAUUCACUGUAGAAGAAAUUAUGAUGCAAGUGUUAUUUCUCAGCAAAGUCUUUUUAACUGCUGAUGAUGCAUUAACCACAAACCGGCAGAAUGAGAGAAUAGAUAACAUGCUUAUACUCACCCUUGAACAGCAUCUAUGAUUUACUGCUGUUAACAGAUGUUCUUUGCACUUUACACAGAAAACCUCAUGGAUCUCUUUUUGCUUUUGCUUUAAGAGUCAUGAAACUUACCAUUUUAACACAUGCCAGCUCUCACCACAGUUUCGAAAAACACUGCAGAGUGCACUGUCUGCGGUCCAGCCAGUUUAUUUCACUUUAAUGAGGUUAACACUACCAAAGGUUCUCACAGAUGCACAAAACAAAAUACACUACUAUAUAUAAGUACAUAUAUUGUCAUUUUCAUUUCUUUUGGCCAUAUUAAUGGCCAAAAACAUACUGAGCUAUUUGCAUGCAUUUGUACUGCAGCACACAGAUUAUAUAUAUUAUAUAUAUAUUUGUCUACAUGAUGCGAAAAUAUAAAGGUGUUACAUAGCUUCCCCACAGUGCUAUACGAAUACAGACUUUCCAAUAUUUUUUACAGGUAAGUUUUUAGGUUUAUGUUGACACCCUGGGUUCUAUUUCUAACAUAAUACUUCAGAAAACAACACUAGUGGAUUUGGAACAUUCACUUUCCAGGGUAAACAUCCUCAACAAGGUGAGAGGAACAGGGAGCAAUGGAACAGAAUUGAGGGCACUGUUGGGAAAUAUGUGCCCAGAAUAUUAUGGCUCCGACACAGUGUUUGCUCCACAAUGAUCUAUCCUUGACUGUCUUGACAGGUCAGACCACUUAUAUUUUUGAAUCAACAUCCCAAAAUAGCAUUUUCAAAAGUAUUCAAAAGAAACUCGAAUGUAUAGUAUAAACAUACAUAUGAGUUGCUUUUGAAAUAGAAACCAGGGUGUCAACAUAAAUUUUGGAAAGUCUGUAGCCAUAUAGCAUUGUGGGGAAGCUAAUGCAACACCUUUAUAAUUUAGCAACAUGCAGACAAAAAUGCGCAGCCCUUGUUUCGGUAUAUACCUUCACAGUGUCUAAAGUGUCUGUAACAUGGAAAAGUCAUUUGACAGAGAAGAGAAAUAGACAUGUUUAUGAUCCUGUAAAAAUUUUCCAUUUUCACAGCUUUGAGGUCAUUUAUAUGCUCGUGUACUGCUAAAUCCUGACUAAAGAUUGAUAGAUAGGCCCUAUACAUGUUUACAGUAUUUCUCUUGCAAAAACUGACCAAACAAAAUUGAUGACUCAUCCUGCACUACACAGAUUUUUGUCCAAUCAGAUGCUAGAAUGAAAAUGUCCCGCACUCUAAAACCACCUGCGUCCAACUUGCAAGUAUCAAAUCAUGGUUUAUGGCUGGGACGUAACUAAAACCAGGGGGACCUUGUAUUAUGAUGUGUGUAGACAUUUUUAAAUGGCCCAGUACAUAAAGGUGAAGGUGAGAUUCCUUUCAUUUUUAAGCAGCUCAAACUGCUUCCUGUUUACAUCAACCUACAUUUCAAAGAAACAGGGUAAACGCUGAUGAAGUGAGGAUAAGACAAACACUGUCUCUGGAAAUCCCCCCUUCCCCUUCCCCUCCCCAACCCUAUAUUCCUUUGUCUCUUCUCAUAUUAUAGAUGCUGAGUGCAUGACAACAGAUGUUGGAAAUUCCUUGGGCGUGGGGAUUGCACGCCACAUCUUACAGUGUGUUGCUUUUUGGAAAUUCAUUUUUAAGGGCAAGUAGACAUAAUCGAAAGUUUACUUGGAAUUUGCUGUGUUAACCAAAGAAAUAGGACUUAAUUUGUCCACUAACAAGUGGAUCGGUCCCACUUCAUAUUAAGUGGCCUUAACUACUUACAUUUAAAUUAAUCAAUUUUAUCCUUUUAUCUUUUUUUAUUUUUUUAUAUUUCACAUUUCACAUCUCAAACUUUGAGUUUGGUUACCAAGUACACUAACUUUAGCUAAAACUUUAUGAGUGGCAAAAUUGUUGGUUGUGAAACAGAUUCCCAGUCAGAUUGAACUGAAUCAUUAUAUAACAAAAGAAUGUUUGUUUAAAUAAAAUCAAGUGAUAAUGAAUGUCUCGUUUGACCUCAAAAACAAAAAGCAAUGAGACGAGACGAUGGAGAGUGGCCUAGAUUUCAAAUCCCCCUAAGUUUCCGUUAGUGACCCCUUAUCAGAUGAUCAGUCAUCUUGUUCCAUUUCUGUUCUGAAAUAUUUUUAGUCUUUUUGAGUCCUUAGAGUCUUAGACCUGCAAAUUCAAUAUUAAAUUCUUUCUAAUUGUCUUUUGUGUAAGUAUCAUUAUCAUGGUGCCAUUUAUGUUGCCCUUAAUGAACUUUCCUUGACCAAGACUGUGGUUUGCGUAGAGAUUAAGAAUCUGGGGCAUCCUCGAGCCGCAUAAAUGUCAUGACCUCGUUAUAGAGUUGUAUUACAAUUUUGUGGUGACUUUCUUUUAUUUAAGCUCCUCGAAAAGCUUGAAGCUGCCAGAAAACUUCGCAUUCUGCAGCGACGAUCUAAAACACGAUCCUCACUGGAUACAGAACCCAACAUGGAUUACGUUACAAUUUAGCAGUCUGAUAUCAUCACCUGUCUAGAUCUGAACAGAUAAAGUAGAAACAAAGGGAAGGGACAAAGCUGACGUCACCAGGAAACUAGAAUAAAUACAAAGGUGAGGAACGGAGUGAAGGCAAAAGAAGGAAGAAAAGAAUGAGACAGGUGUAUCAGCAGGACCUCCAUUGAGAAACAUUGAUUUAGUCACUUAGGGACAGAAUAUGGCCAGUGCUUUGCAGUAUUUUGUUCUGAUCCUUAUCCUUGGCAUUCCGAUACAUGAAGGCGCGGUGGUAUUCCAAAACGGCAAGUGCAUCGAUGUUAGAGGACCUUGUUUCGAUCUGAACAUAUUGGCGAAUAUAGCCGAGCGUGUCAGCAAAGAUGUGGUAGCUGCAGAUGGUGAGAAGAUCCUCCUGAAGCACAAUUCCUUUGACAAAAUACGGAAAAGGAAAAAUCUUCACAGCUGUGUCCUGCAGAAAAUCAUCGACCUAUUUCAAAAUGUUCUUGAAAUGACAGAGGAGUCAUCUGUCCAUCAUGAAGAAAAUAUGAACUACCAUCAUGAACUUAUACACAUUAUGGAACAACUCAAAAACUGUGUUCAUCAGGUAAAAUAUAACUGUAAUAAGCUAUAUACGAAAUCUGAAAAGACUGCAACUUCCCUCUCAACGAUUCUGGAGAAAAAAAUGAGCCCAGAUGAGCUUGCUGUCUUACAGCUACAAAAACUGAAGAAUGCCAGUGAUAAUCUCAGUGAUGUGCAUAUCCAGGAGAGGGUCAUGGAUGAGCUAAAAACCCUCCAUCUCUACAUGCGAGGAAAAGGCUUCCGUAAAAAUAUGAACGACAAAAAAGAGGCAUGAUAUUCCAUUCAUUCCAGCCUACAGUGUGUUGUCACAUCUCUGCCUGAUCACUUUAAGAUGUGACAGUUUAAGCAGGGACAGAAUAACAAGAUAUCUCUUCUAAAUGAGACCAAAUUUGUAUGCCUGACCUUUUGUUUUUAAUAUGGUAUUUUAGUUGUUAAUGCUUUUAGUGCAAUUAUAUUUUUUGCUUUUUUUUAAAGUAAUGAAUAUUUAAAUAGUAUAUGCAUAUUGCUUAUGUACUUUCGGUGAAAGAUUGAGUGUACUGCAGUAAACGCAGGUGAGAAAAUAGAAGAAAAAAGUAUAGAUAUUUUUGUAAAUGAAAACACAAGAUAUAUCCCCCCCUGUUUUCCAUUCAUUUGUCUGCUCAAUAAAACCAGUAAAACCUUUCUAA